ACAAACAUAACUAGCAGUAAUUAAUUUGUGAAUUCGAUCUCACACUCCACAUGUUUGUACUAAAAAAGAUCCAGACUUUUCAAUUAUAUGUCUAAUAUUUUUACACAUUUUUAGAAACAGACCCAACAUUAGAAAAUCUUCUUUGUUAGUAGGAGUAGGUGAAAAACAGCCGAACAGAACCAUCUCACCUGGAGUGAAGCCAAGGCCCAAAUCGAAGAACAAACGCCACCGCUCACCAACCUUCGUCCUCCAUUUUCCUCAAUAAUUCCACCCAAUGGAAAUGGACGGCGGUGAUGACAGAUGAGAAUUCUCAACUAACCAAAAUUCACAGACCCCUUUUAAAAUCUCUCCCAAAAACAGAGGAUCCGCUCGCAGAAUCAGCAACCCCCCAUUUGAUUUCCAUGGCCACUGCCAAGAGAAUUUGCCUUCUCCUCCUGCGGCUUCUCGCCUUGGGCUCCACCGUCUCCGCCGCCAUUGUCAUGGCCACGAGUCGCGAAGAGGCCACCUUUUUCGCUCUGUCCUUCGAGGCCAAAUACACCCACACCCCAUCCUUCAAGUAUUUCGUGGUUGCAAAUGCCGUGGCCAGCGUUUAUGGGUUUCUUGUCCUUUUUCUCCCGGAGGAGAGCUUGCUCUGGCGAUUGGUGCUCUGUUUCGACGUGGUAUUGACGAUGUUGCUGACUUCGAGUAUUGCGGCGGCGAUGGCGGUGGCUCAAAUUGGGAAGAAUGGGAACUCAUACGCAGGGUGGCUUCCGAUAUGCGACCAAGUGGCGAAGUACUGCAGCCAAGUGACGGGAGCUCUGGCUGCGGCCUUCCUUGGCCUCUUACUCUAUUUGUUGCUUCUUCUCUAUUCACUUCACUCUGUUUUGGAUCCUCUUCUUUUGAAAAAGCCUUAGACGAAACAAACAAAAAACUUGGGACUUGUUUUGGAAAAAUGGCUUAUGGGUUGUGACACAAACUUGAAACUUGGCCAUUUUUCCAUGGUGACAAAUAAGAGUUUUAUAGGACCUUAGCUUGAAUGCUUAGAUCUACUCCAUUUUGUUAGUUGAGUUGUGGCAUUGGAACCGUGCGUUUUUUAAUGGCUAUAAAAAAAGAUCAUCGGUGGUAUGUAUUUUAAAUCUGAACAUAGUUUAAUUAGUUAAGUUUGAGAGUU